UGCGGGGGUAGAGUAGCCAUUUUACGUGAAUACUUCAUUCGUGCGAGGAGACUUGUUGUACGAGUGAUCUGUUAUAAAUAAAAUAAACGGUAUUAGUAGUGCUUAGGAUGUGUAACUGUGCCUAGAAAUGUAUCUAUAAGUGUGAAAUGAACGUGUUACAUCGGUAAGAACUGAAGACAUCGAGUUGGUCGAUUCCAGCAUUUUUAAACUGUCUGAAGAGGUGGACAGAGGGAUUGGUUUGCGAUGUCGACUCCCAGGUCUCAGGUGAUAGCCGACGAGUAUAUCUCGUCGCUAUCCGACCUAACAUUCAACAGUAAACCAUUGAUCAACAUGCUGACAAUGCUGGCAGAAGAUAACGUCGAACAUGCACCAGCUAUCGUCAAAGUCGUCGAGAACCACCUGCAAAAGGUCAGAAGCGACAUCAAACUUCCCGUUCUAUACCUCAUCGAUUCGAUCGUCAAGAACGUUAACGGAGAUUACACAAGCCUCUUCACCCAAAAUAUUGUCAACCUAUUUUGUGGUGUUUUCGAGAAGGUGGACGAAAGUACACGGGCUAGUAUGUGGAAGCUACGACAGACUUGGAACGAGGUUUUCCCAGCGAAGAAGCUGUUCUCCCUGGACGUCCGAGUGCACAACAUCGAUCCAGCAUGGCCUAUAAUCUCAUCGUCUUCCCUUUCGUCCGUAUCGUCAGGAUCUAUAUACCUAAAUCCCAGAUUCCUGUCACUGCCUCAACCUCCGCCGGCAAUCGAGCCUCCAGCCACGCCAGUCGAAGAUAAUGCUGGCGCUCCGAUAACGAUAGGCGAGGCAACAAUGCGGGAACAAUUAUUGAAGAAGCAAAGGGAGCUCUUGGAGUUGCAAAAGCAAAAACUUGAGCUGGAAGUACUGCAGGCUACGGUUAGCCUGGAACAGCAGCAGCGACAGCUCAACAGACAAGCUGAAAGUAUUCGAAACGAAACGGCUGUGAUAACAGUACCGUCUGCUACAGCAACAGAUAACGCGAUGCCUGGCGCAUCUGCGCCACUGACUUUACCUGUUCAGACGACAAAACACGUGACUAAACAGUUUCCAGCAGCGGCUGCGUCUCUUUUGAAAAACUCUGGCUCUAACAACGGACCACGAAUUGCGCCGGCGAGCAGCGUGGCCGUAGCAUCGGCUAGGCUAGCUUCUAGAGAUCCACGACUGAAGCCGUUGACGUCUCCCUACACUCCAGAAUCAGUAGCGUCAAACAUUGACCCGCGUCUACGAUUAACGGCUGGCCAGAAGGAUUCUCGUCUAGAUAAUCAAUCGCUAGCACCACCACCACUACCACCUCCUCCAGCACAUAACGUCACAAACACUGUACUUUCAGAGCAAUUAAAACAGCAGAUAACAUCUAAACAGGCUGUGACUAGCACUAUAAACAAGCCUCCGUCAAAUGUUGCCAGUUCCAAUACCUCGAUGAUAAAUGCUAAUAAUAACAGUAGUGGUAAUAAUACGAUCCUGAAUAACAACAAUAAUAAUAAAAAUUUCAGUGGUAACGCAAACAAAGAUGCUGUAUCGCAUCGAACAAAUCAGAAAAAAGACCCCAGAUCGUCGUCUAGUAAUAGUAGUAGCAGCUCAAACAGCAUAAAUGGUAAUUCCAAGGUCGUUCAAAAUCAGUCCUUAGCAAAUACCAGCAACAUAAAUAAUAAUAACAACACCAAUAAUGCCAGCAAUGCAUCGUCGACAUCAUCUGGAAGUAACAGAGGAAGUGGAGGUACCGAUUCGAAAUCAAAAGAUAAAAACUCGAGUGGUGGACGUCAGUUAGCGUCUGCCUCGUCUUCAAGUGAAAAGACCUCCGCUUCCUCGAAGUCGUCGCAUAGAAAGAUAGGGAACAAAUCGCGGUCAAAACAACCUCAGGGCUCGCCGAAUAAGCUGCCUAAAGUUGAGAGGGAAAAUAGUCCCGCUAGGUCUAAGUCGAACGAGAAAGACAGCGAGGAUAGCUCGCUGUCAAUCCGCACAUCCCCUACCCAGUCCUCAUCCCAAAAUCCGAAGAGCAGAAAGAAGACUUCUUUGAAAUCUAGGAAACGGAGUUCAAGUCCCUCUUAUAGAAUACCAAGACGUAACGAUACAAAGUCUAGCUCCAACUUGAGUAGCUCGGGAGGUCUUACCGAGGAGGAACAGUCAGGUUCAUUGAUAGUGUCUCCUCCUCAUCCGCCAACUUUCAAAGAAAUCGGGCUUAAUGCCAGACAGCGAAAUUACGUCAGGCGAAACAGAGACGGCAGUUUGAGUCCGAAGAUGGACGUUACAUCUGCUACUCCGCUUCCCGUUCAGCCUUGCUUGGAGUCUGUUGUCAACCCCACAACCAAGGACGAGGAUCUCAGAACAGCUCUACCGAUUCCUACGCCUCCUGCCAGUGUUGGUGUUAUCGAAAAGAAAGAGGACUUGGAUCUACGAGUAUUGACUGUUGGCACCAAUAAAAGACAAAGUUCCGAACACUUGGAAUCUUCGACGCUGAAAAAGUCAAAAGCUGAGAAGUUCGACGCGUUGUUCGGAAAUGAGGAUGUCGAUCUUCGCACACUGACUCACCCAAGUGCAGGACGUCCCCCUACACCUCCACCGCCAAUAAUAUCUGGUGAGGAUGGCAAAGACGGUUGGGCUAAGUUGAAAGCACCGACUCCCAAAGGACCCAGGGAGAAGACGAGCAGCCUGGACGAAAAGCGGGACAGAGACCGCGACAGAGACAGACUUGGAAGGCCGAGGCUGUACAGCAAGUUACCGGACGAUCCCAAGGAGAGGCGCAGGACACUUUCUAGUGACGAGACUGACACGAGAUCGUCAAGGCGAAACAGAGACCCAGAGAAGCCGGAGAGGUCCGAUGAUAGCAACAUCGAAAUAAUCAUGAAGCAAGCCGCCGAACAGCUGAACCAAGGAUUAAUAACGAAAAUCCAGUACAACAACCUGAUACAAGAUAUACUGCAGAUGAGCGAAGAUCAGAAACUUAGAGCGGCUCUUCGAAAGGAGAAAGAGGGCACUUCUAUUGUCUGGGAAAAAGGAGGACUCGAUAUGGACAGGACACCGACGUUUAGUCCAUCCAGCGACAAUGAAGGCGGCAGGUCAAACAAAGACUCGCAAAUGUCUCGUGGUCAGAACAAUAGCGCCAGAUGGCAGGGACAGCAGGCCUGGCAAUCUCCGAAUUCUUGGGCCCACUCUGCGGUUCCAUUUUCUGGGCCUCCAGGUCACUUCAACCCUGAUUACAGACCUAUUGGCCCUUGGCAAGGCCCGAGACACUACGGACCGAUCAGACCGGAGUUUAACCAGUUCCAUGGUGGCUUCAAUCAGAACAUGGCUCCCAGCCAGCGCAUGCUUCCAGGAAUGAUGGGACCGUUGGGCCCCAAUGGUCCAAUGAUGCCAAACUUGAUUCCCAAUGGGCCGAUCGGUCCGAUGGGUAUUCCGAGCUCGCAGCUGCCACCUGGAAUACCAAUCUCCAACAUGAACGGGCCGAGCUCCAUAAUGAUGAGCAACGGUGUGAUGCCUCCUCCGAACAUGCUUUCGAAUCCCAAUGCAGUCCCGGGGCCAAAUGUCAGUCCCAACAUGCCACCCAGGAGUUUGUCACCAGUCAGCACGAAGUACGACCCCAAUGAAAAUGACCCCGACUUUGGAGGUGUGCUGCUCAAGAAUCAGGGACCUCACAGCAGAGAAUUGCCACCUCCAGAUCCCAAGAUACUUGCUGAAGUAGCCAAGGAUACCAUGAAGUCGAUAAAGAUUGACGGAGUACCGAAAGAGAUAAGGUACUAUGGAGAUACUGGCGUUGUAUUCAUGAACUGGGAUGACCCUAGGGAGAUUGGCUUCCAAGCUGGAGUUAGGAGAAUUUUGAUCGACGAAAAAGAUACCGUUACUUGUGCUUUCAACGAAGGCUACAAAGAGUUCAUAUACGAAGGAGAAGUUCACAGAGUGAAAUUAGGCGCUCCGACAAGGGAAUUGUGGUUUGACGAUUGUUGGUACGAGUGUUAUUUUGGUGGACCACCUAUCACCGUCUUUCUUAGCGGUAAGAAGGUCAGCGUCAAGCUGGAAGGACCUGUACCUCAGGUGAAAAUUGGAUACAUUAAGAGGACAGAUCUAGUUAUUGCCAAAAUCAAUCUGAUCAUCAACGCCAGAAACAUGGUGCCAGUGUUCUUGGACGCCAAGCCACAAAUAUUUGAAAUCGAAGGAAAACCCAACACCCUUGAAUUCAUCGACUCUCUACAAACUGUUCUGCUCAAUGGGCGACCAUUCAAAGUUGAGUUUGGUGGACUUCCCAAACCUAUUGUUAUUAGGGACAAGAAACACUUCAUUAGGUUCUCGGUUCUGCCAAAAGGCGUUCGAGCUGGAUAUGUCAGGUUAUUUGGAAUGCGAGGCGAGAGCCCCAUCGAAUCUCCACCAACGCCACCUAUUUUGGACAAUAAAGCGAACUUGGAUUCCCUUCCGAUGCAUCAAACAUAUCCUUCGGUUGAACAUGAGUCUGCUUCACAAGAUAGAUCAGACCAUAAUUCCACACCGAAGCCUGAUUUGCAACUUGACAUACUCUCCUCAGUAUUACCCUCUGCAAUGGCUCCAUCUUCUGGUUUAUCAUACCAAGCAGAGCAGGCUGAAAAUACAUCGGCAGCCCCGCCACUUCCACCUACUCUCAACAUGGACGAGUUGUUCCAAAGAUUAGUGGCCACUGGUAUAGUUCCGAAUCUUCUCUCUGAGCAAAAAAAACCAGACGAAGAGGAGAAAAAGGAGCCUGAAAUCAUUCCUGUAUCAUUUGACAAACCAGAAACGCUCAAAGUCAAGCAGCCGGCCAUUGCUGCAGCGCUUUACAGUGGAAUGCAGUGCAGCUCAUGUGGGGCGCGGUUUGCUCCUGAACUGGCGACGAGGUAUAGUCAUCACUUGGACUGGCAUUUCCGGCAAAAUCGACGUGAAAGGGACUCCGCAAGAAAAGCGCAUUCCCGACCAUGGUAUUAUGACGUCAGUGACUGGAUCCAGUAUGAAGAAAUUGAGGAUUUGGAGGACCGAGCGCAAAGCUGGUUUGAGACUGAAAAACAAACUGCAGAAACCGAAGGCAGCACCACGGACGAUGCGCCUCAGGAAACUGUCCAGCCAAGUGUGCCUACAGUCGGAAAUGAGGAUACACAGUGUCAGGUGUGCCAUGAUGCUUUCGAGCAAUUUUAUAACGAGGAAAAGGAGGAAUGGCACUUGAGGCCAGCGAUUAAUUUCGAAGGGAAAAAUUACCAUCCGCUAUGCCUUGAGGAUCAUAAGGAAAAGCAUCUUGCGCGAUCCUUAGAAGAUUCCAUCACUCCGAUGGACGAAUCAGUUACUGAGCCUGAGGAAGAAAAGAAAGAAGAACCAGAGAAUGCAGAUACAGAGAUGAAAGCAGAGGUUGAGGAAUCUGCUGAGCAACCUGCUGCAGAAGCAUCAAGCGAAAAUCCUGAAAUAGAGGAGAAAGAGGAGAAGGAGGAGAAGGAGGAGAAGGAGGAGAAGGAGGAAAAGUUGAAUGAGGAGAAACCUGCCCAUGUCCCCGACGAAACGGGAAGUGAAAAUGAUAAUCUGAUGGUUAACAAAAAUGAGGACAAAGAAGUUGAAGAACUCAGAGAGAAGGAAAUACCCGACAAAAUUGAAUCGGCAGACUUCGCAGAUGUUAAAAUCAAAGAGGAACCCAUUGACGAGGAAGAAAUUAUUGACGACGGAAUGGAGGAGCAAUUUAUAUUCACCAAUGUCGAGGUGAAGACUGAACCUAUUGAUCCCGAGCCUGAUGUGGAGGAGUCUGUGGUAAAUGAGCCAGCACCGGUCGACACAACACAUACAGCGGUGAAAAGUUCGAUAGAUGGUAAUGUUGAGCUGGAAUCAGCCCCAGCAGCUCUGCCAGCAGCCCCGUCGCGUAUAAAAAUAAACAUAACAAAGCCGCUCACCGCCACAAAGGAAACAGACGAACUAAAAGACAAACCGAAUAAUCCCAAAACCCCAGACACAGUUGCACCUGAAAUAUUGAGGCCUGCGUCGAUAAAGCCAAGUUUACAAGGUAAAAAAUUAUCUGUUCUACCCCCAGUAGAAAAGGGUCAUGAAUUGUCUGGCCUCUGUUCCAUCAUGUAAAUAAUAAUGUAAAUAUAAGCAAGGAUACGACUUAACAUAAUCCAAUGCGUGUCAAGGAUGAUCUGUCCAAGCUUUGGUUUAUGAUACAAGAAAUUCAUAAUAAUACAACAUUAAGUAGGGGCAUAAUACAGGUUUAAUCGACUUUUUGUACAACUUGUAUGAUGUGAUCCAGAGAUAUAUGCUUAUCGAUUCCCCCUCCCUUUUUUUUUUGUUUUUGUUUUCGCCCCCGUUUAUCUCCAUAAUGUUUUCCUCCACAGACAGGUAAGUAAACCAUGCGCUAAUUGAAAAACUUCUGCCACAAACGGAACGUCGAGAAAUGAACCUUGAAUAAAUUAUCGACCACCGAUAUAUUCUAAUUUCUUACAUGCUUGAAUAAUUGACAUGUUUUUACUACAUUGUCAAAUUUAGAAGUAAUUAAUUUUCGUUUAAUCGUUUUGACUUAAUGGUUUGAAAUUUAUAUGGUUGGUGUGGAAAUUAUUUUCGAAAUUUUGAAUAUCGAUCUUGGUUAAUUUAAAUGAACAAAUGUUUCUCGUCUAGUUUCGCAUGGUGCAAGACAAGCUGCAAGACUGUGAAAAAUAUUUAAAAUAUAAAAAGCAGUGUGUUACAUAAAACAUACGAUAUACAUCACAUAAUUUAUCUGAUUUUUAAAAAACAGAUAAUCUCUAACGAUCACUUCAUACUAGUUAGAUGUACUAUGCUCCAAACAAUUGUUUAGCGGAAAGAGUGCAAGCGUGUGGACUAUUAUUAUUACUAUUAUAAUAUCGAGAGAAGUUUGUGAUGUGUAUAUAUUUAUAAAUGUAUUACUAUGUUAACGAGUUUAGGAGUAAGCUUAAGAUGUAUUUAGCAUUCCUUGUAGUAUGUCGUGUGCAUUUGUUUUCCAUGAAAAGUGGUCAACAGGUCAUCGAAUAGGUAAAGAAAAAAAAAAAAAAAAGAACAAGAGGAAAACAACGAUGAGCACAAAAACUUGAAUACCAUUUCCUAUUGUUUGUACUUUGUUGUAUAAAGACACACAAAUUUUUUGAAAAAGGGUGGUCGAAAGGGACAAAGCAGAAAACAAAUGGGCUGAAAACAAUUUUGGGGGCUAGAUUCUUAACCAUUCAACAUAAUGGUUUUUUUUUUCCUUCCUUUACUUUCCUGUAUACCCAAUGAGGAAAAAAUUAUGAAAAAUGUGAGUGACACAUAUAUUAUGUGGUGAAGAAAAUAUGAAACGAGUGUUGUUGUGAAUCACAAAUGUUUAAAACUGUACAUAAUGUGUGAUAUAAUAAUUAUCUAUUUUAUUGUAUAUAUAGGAUAUCAUAAUGCGAUUCAUAAAUAAGAAACUUCUAUCGAAGAGAAGAGAAAAUCGUUAUUUUGUUGUACAAAAAAGAAAAAAAGAAAAGAAAAAAACAGAAGAAACUACUUGUUGGUUAUACGGGGUCUUGACUCUUUUUUUUCUCUUACACGUUAUUCAUCACCCUAAUAAAUAUAUAUUCUACCCUUUGACGCUGCCCGAGGAAGCUCACUUACUUCGUUGGAUCAUGAUUAUUACCAAAUGAAUUAUUUGAGCGAAUAAAAAAUGAAUUAUUGCAAAA